CAUUUACUUUCGAUUGAUUUGUAUUCAAAAUCCAUAGACUUUGGUUGGUUUGGCCAUGCUCAACGCUUGGAUUCAACUAGAAAGACUGAAACCCCUAAUAUGCGUGUAGUCGCAUGUGUUCUUGGAACCAACGUUUCUCUUUUGUCUUGUCAAUUUCACAAAGCGCUUCUUGGAAGGAGGAGAUUCAACAGCUUGAUGUUAAAUAGAUACGAAGGCAUGGAAAUAGUGAGUUUUGGGAGAGAUGAUGAUGCAAUGUUUAGAUGGAAUAAAGCACUUAUCCUUAAUUCUGUUGACUUGUUGUGAUUCUGAUCGUCCCAAGGGUCGUCAGAACCCUAAAGAUGUGGCUAGAGGCACUGUGUUUACUGUCAAUGAGAUUGAAGCUCUUUACGAACUGUUCAAGAGCAUUAGCAAAGACGGGCUUAUCGAUAAGGAACAAUUUCAAUUGGUAUUAUUCAAGAUGAAUACAACGAGAAGCCUUUUUGCUGAUAGGGUGUUUGACUUGUUUGAUACCAAGCAUACUGGGAUUCUAGAUUUUGAAGCCUUUGCUCGUUCUCUUUCGGUCUUUCACCCCAAUGCUAAAUUUGAGGAUAAGAUUGAGUUCUCUUUCAAGCUGUAUGAUCUGAAGCAGCAAGGUUAUAUAAAGAGACAGGAGGUGAAGCAAAUGGUUGUGCGGACUCUAGCUGAAUCUGGCAUGAACCUUUCUGAUCAUGUGAUCGAGAGCAUCAUAGACAAGACAUUUGAAGAAGCUGAUACUAAACUGGAUGGGAAGAUUGAUAAGGAAGAGUGGCGGAGUCUUGUGUUGCGCCAUCCUUCUCUGUUGCAGAACAUGAGCCUUCAACAUCUCAAAGACGUAACGAAGACGUUUCCAAAUUUUGUAUUUCACACUAUAGUGACAGAUACUCCUAGUGAGCUGGAUAGAUGAUCAGGGAUGUGAAGAAAGACCAAAACCUUUGGAAGAUCAUUCAUACUUGAUUCUAUCUUCUUCUCCAUUAAUCUAUUACAACCCUCCUCUUUAUUUUUAACAACUACGUUUUGAAAACCGCAGUACCUCUUCACAGGUUUGUAUCCGCAAACUUGUGCGGUUUAUCUUAUCAGUUGGAGUGUGCAAGUUGAUUCUUUUACUCGGCAUUAAGAGAUUAUGAUAUCCUUCAAUGUGUAUAAACUUUGUUCUUACAG